UUGAACCCCUUCCUGAGGGACCAUGGCAGUCAGGACUCGCAGACCAUGGCUGAGUGUGGUGCUGGGGUUAGUGCUGGGGUUCACUGCCGCCUCAUGGCUAAUCGUGCCCAGGGUGGUGGAGACUAACGGUAAGAACAAAAAGAUCUUCAACAUCUGCUCGACGCUGCUGAACCGGGCGGGGAUUGGCCGCGGUGCUGCUGCUGCUGCGGGGGGCUCCAGCUCCAACUCCAGGAACCUGGGCUGGCACAGGGACCAGCUACUGGUCAGUAAACUACCCAAAGGGCAGCAGAGCCAGCAGGAGGAGGAGGACGACGAGGAAGAAGCUGAGGAAGCUGCCAGGGCCAGGGGCAAACAUUUCCUUUAUGUCGGGGUCAUGACGGCCAAGAAAUACCUGGACUCGCGGGCGGUGGCUGCCUACAGGAGCUGGGCUCCCUCCAUCCCGGGCAAAGUGGAGUUCUUCUCCAGCCAGGGCUCCCAGGACAUUCCCCUCCCUGUGGCACUGCCCCUGGUCUCGCUGCCCGGGGUCGAUGACUCUUACCCUCCCCAGAAGAAAUCCUUCAUGAUGCUCAAGUACAUGCAUGACCGGUACCUGGAGCGAUUCGAGUGGUUCAUGCGGGCGGACGAUGAUGUCUACAUCAAAGGCGAGAGGCUGGAGGAACUGCUGAGGUCCCUGAACAGCAGCCAGCCCCUGUACCUGGGGCAGACCGGCCUGGGCACCACUGAGGAACUGGGCAAACUCGCCCUCGAGCCCGGCGAGAACUUCUGCAUGGGCGGCCCUGGCAUGAUCUUCAGCCGGGAGGUGCUGCGCCGGAUGGUACCCCAUAUUGGCGAGUGUCUGCGGGAGAUGUACACCAGCCAUGAGGACGUGGAGAUUGGCCGCUGUGUCCGGAGGUUCGCCAAUACCCAGUGCGUCUGGUCCUAUGAGCAAUGGAUACAAGACAAUGCCAGAAAAAGACUCCUGUUACACUUCAUGAUGCAACAAUUGUUCUAUGAAAACUAUGAACACAACAAGAAGGGGUAUAUUCAGGAUUUGCGUAACAGCAAGAUCCAUAAUGCGAUAACACUCCACCCGAACAAAAGGCCUGAUUAUCAAUAUAGAUUACAUAACUACUUGCUGACUCGUAAAGUUUCAGAACUACGUCAUCGAACCAUUCAAUUGCAUCGAGAAAGUGUUUCUAUGAGCAAACUCAGCAACACUGAAGUACGUAAGGAAGAUCAGCAACUUGGAAUGAUGCCAUCCUUUAUGCGCUUCCAGCCUCAUGACAGGAAUGAGGUCCUUGAAUGGGAGUUCCUUACUGGAAAACAUCUUUUUAGCAUGGUGGAAACACAAAUCCCUCGUCAGGGUAUCAACAGUGCGCUUCGUGCCGCACUGGAUGACACUAUAAUGCAGGUUAUGGAGAUGAUCAAUUGGAACUCUAAGACCAGAGGACGUGUAAUAGAAUUUAAAGAAAUUCAGUAUGGCUAUCGCAGAGUUAACCCAAUGCAUGGAGCAGAAUACAUUAUGGAUCUGUUGCUACUUUACAAGAAACACAAAGGGAGAAAGGUGACUGUUCCUGUAAGACGUCAUGCCUACAUUCAACAAUCUUUCAGUAAAGCAUUCAUGAAGGAAGCUGAAGAACUUAAUGCCAGAGAGCUUGCAGACAGCAUAAACAGUGACUCUCAGUCUUUCUCAUUCCUUUCAAACUCACUGAAGAUCUUCUCGCCAUUCCAAUUCACAGAGAUCACCAAAGAGCUUAAACAACGAAAUGAUCAGAAAGUUCACAUCCUUGUCCCUCUCACUGGAAGAUAUGAGACAUUUGUCCGGUUCAUGGAGAACUUUGAGAAGACUUGCCUUAUUCCAAAUCAGAAUGUAAAACUAUUCAUAUUGUUGUUCAAUUCUGAUCCAAACCCGGAGAAAGGCAAGCACAUGGAGUUAAUGAGAGAGCUUAACCUGAAAUAUCCUAAAGCAGAUAUGACCAUUCUCCCUAUGAAAGGGGAAUUUUCAAGAGGCCUAGCCCUAGAAAUGGGCUCUUCCUCAUUUCAUAAUAACAGUUUACUGCUCUUCUGUGAUAUCGACUUAAUAUUUACUCCAGACUUUGUGCAACGGUGUAGGGACAAUACAAUUCAGGGAGAACAGGUUUAUUUUCCUGUAAUCUUUAGUCAAUAUGAUCCAAAAAUAGUUUAUGGCGGCAAUCCAGUAAAUGAUAAUAACUUUGUUUUCACAAAGAAGACCGGUUUCUGGCGGGAUUAUGGCUUUGGAAUAGUUUGCAUAUACAAAAGUGAUUUGUUGCAUGUUGGUGGGUUUGAUACCUCCAUUCAAGGUUGGGGACUAGAAGAUGUGGAUCUUUUUACAAAAGUCAUCUCCGUUGGCUUGAAUGCCUUUAGAAGUCAAGAAAUUGGUGUUGUCCACGUUUACCACCCUGUUCACUGUGAUCCCAAUAUAGAUCCUAAGCAAUACAAGAUGUGCUUAGGGUCCAAAGCAAGUACAUUUGGAUCAACAAUGCAAUUGGCAGAACUCUGGCUUGAAAAACAUCUAAAUGGUGGAUACAAUAGAACUGUAUCCUGACAUUCAAGGACACUCUCUCAAAGGGUUUUACCUCACAUUUUUACAUUGUUAUGCUUUUGUUUCCAAGUCGCCUCUUCCAAAGAAGAUUUUCAAAGCAUUAAGGUGAAUUAAAUUUAUGAAUAUUUUAGCAUCCUAUGGAAAAUGCUUUCAAAAUGGAUUAUUUUGAUCUUUUUGCCUAAAACUGGGGAAAUUCAAAACACUUGAGGGUACUGUCAAUCAUGUUCCUCCUGCAGGCUUUAUAAAAGUGCUUCACAUGUCAGAAUCAAACUCAGAAUUCAAAACUGAUGUGAUGGAAAUAAUGCCACAAAAGUGCUUUAAGCUUCAAGUGGGAAAGAACUAUUCUAGACUUUUUAAUUUAUGUUCAGACUUUAAAUUGUUGACUUUCAGCAUCUGCAGUAUUUUUUAAAACUAUGUGAACAAAAGUAUGAUUGUAUGUUUGCUUUUAAAACUUUUAUGUGGGAAUAUACUCUCACGAGAUUACAGGUACUGGUGACCAAGCUCUAAAUGUCUGAAAAUGUAUGUAUUCUGUAUACUGUGUACAGUGACUUUAGAUGACUCCUUGUUUCUUCAAUGGAAACAUGCUGCAAGUAGGCAUGUAUCUUCAUUCCUGUAGCUUUGUAUCCUGAAAUACCCCUUCAGCUUAGAACAAAUCAUUUGAGAACACUCCUAUUUAUAAUAAAGUAUCUGCAUAACAUCA